UGUAACAAUAUUCCGAUGUCUGUUGGACAUAUUAUUUUUACGUAUAAAUACUACCUAUAUUGACAAUAAUUGAAAUAAUGAUAUCCUGGUUGGUAAAGGCAGGCAUAGCAAUAUUAAAAUGUACGGACGGUACAUCGGUGUACCGCGUGUAUACAAGCUUGAAGCCAUCGGCUGUCAGUUGUCACCACUCGCCGUCAACCGACUAACCGAGCUGAUUCGAUCGAGAGCUACCCCCGUAGCCCCGCCCCAGGCCACUGUGUUUAUUCGACGUUCGGACUUUCCGAGUGUAACAGUCUGUAGGGUAUUACACUAUUAUUGUAUAUAUAGUAUGUCUGUACUAGGGUUGCGCCUGCUCUGCCGACCGAGUGAUAUUUGCAGGGGAUGUGUACCGCGCAGACGCGAAUUAAAACAUAUCGCACAACCCCCAUGCACUAUUCACAGUAAUAAUAAUAAUAAUUAAGCUAUGCGCUCAUGGACUACGCGUCUACGCGGAAUUUUUAUAUAAUAAUAUAAUGUUGUAAAUUGUAAAAUAAUCGCCGUCUGGCCGUCAAUCGCAUAACCAAUUAGUCUUUUAUUCUGUGGUCAUCGGUCACAAUCAAUUAUAGUCUUUCGUAAUUACGUGUUCGUGGUUAAUGGUUAUCUAUCAUCAUUCAUCGCCGGUAUAGCUGUUGGUGUCGUACCGCGCGAUAUAGAAUAAAAUAAUAAUUGUAUAAUUUAAAUAUUCAACAAAAACGAGAGCGGUUUGUUCACGUCCACUGCAAUCGAAUGAUAAUUAUUAUAAAGGGAAAUGCGAACGCAUGUCAUCGUUCGCAAUGUCAACAACGACGAUAACAACGCUGUUCAUUUUCGGCGCGGUUCCGUUUAUGACCGUCGUCAUGUCGACGGUCGACGGUAGGCGCUGCGCUGUUGCUGCCGCAGGUUUGUGAGACGGGGAUGCGGCUGGCCGGUGUUCUUCGCUCACCGGGCGGAUUCGGUCCGACGUCAUAGCCGUAGAUAACGUCAUAUUAUAGCGAUUUCGUUUUGUCCCGAUGGAGGAAGUCAAAGAAGUACGCGCGUGUCGUUGUCAUCCCGCGAUCGCAGCUCAGUUUGCUGCAAAUCGCCUUCGAUGCCUUCGAAAUUAAUUUUUUUUAAAUAUAAACUCCCCCAGAAUGCGAUGUUGGUUAUCAAUGCACGUACGAUACUACAAUUUUAGUACUAACUGAGUGAUUCAAUGAUGAAAACUCGAGUCCGUCUGUUGCUGCUCUUGUUCACUGGUGCUCUUACCUUGUUCGUAGUCUUUUUUGUCUUCGAUGAAAAACCCAACAACGUAGACGUCAAAGACAACAAGUAUUAUAGUCAAAAACUUAAACCACCGACCCAUUACAAGCCCGCAAAACAACAGUAUAUAAUACAUCCACCACAUAUAGAACGUACAUUACCCAAUCGAAGUGGAAUCAUUCCAAGAGACGCAGUUUGGCAAAAAGUCCAAUCAACAAAGUACAAAUUUUUCAUUUAUUCAGCAUACUUGGAUACAAGAAUCAAAUCUGUUGGACCAUUGGUACGCAUAAUUGGUGCGACCAAAACUCGAAAACCAGAUCCAGUUUGGUGUAGAUUAUGGUAUGCAAAUAGUUCCAAGACUGUUUCAGCAUUUGUGAAAGCAAUCCGGGAAAACUGGAAUCUAAAGUACAGUGCAGUAUUUGUGUUGUGCAAAUUACCAUCAGACGGAAACCAUCCGUUAAGCGUAUCUAUUGUGUCUCACAUUAAAGAUCCAAUUACAAAUGAAAUUUUGAUUCAAACGCCAAAACCAACUAGUCAACUCAAGACUGAUAUAGAAAUUUGUGUUAAGCCAUUUCAUUAUUAUUAUGAUCGAGCAAUACAACUUAUGGAAUUUGUAGAGUUAAAUUAUUUACUCGGGAUUGGACAUUUUACAUUUUAUAAAAACACUAUUGGGCCAAAUGUUGAAUGUGUUUUGGAUCGUUACAUAAAAGACAAUUUGGUUUCUGUUUUAUCUUGGCAGUUGGAUAUGGUAUCCAAACAAGAAAUCAGAACUGAAGGAAUGUUCGCUGCGCUUAAUGAUUGCUUGUAUAGAAAUAUGUACAAAUCAAAAUAUGUGGCAUUUUUAGACAUAGAUGAAAUUAUUGUUCCUAGACAAAAUGAUACAUUAAUCAAAUUAAUUAAUUGGUUAAACAUUUAUCAAACUCCAGCUGCAUAUUCAUUUCGUAAUGCAUUCUUCUACAUGCAAUGGGCUGAUGAUGACUCUUUACCAUUAGAUCAAAAUCCAUUUCAUUCAAAUCUUGUAGUAUUACGUAAAACACGGCGUAAGACUAAAUUGCAUCCACACAAACAACGUUCAAAAUAUAUUUGUGAUCCGCAACGAAUAGUAGAAGUUGGAAAUCAUUUUAUCUGGGAGUUUUUAAAUCCUAAUGAUGGGACAUUUUAUUUUACACCAGAACGUGCAAUACUUCAUCAUUAUAGGGUUUGUGAGUAUGGAGGAAAUGAUUGUGUAACUGCAGACUCUACAGUUGACCGAACCGUGUACAGGUAUAGAAAAAAAUUGGUCGACAGAAUAACAAAUACUCUUAGCAACUUGGAUACAAAUUGUCUAAUAGAAGCUCAAGCAAACACUAAUGAAACAAUGUACUUCUCAAAUUAAUUUUUCUUGAUAACAUUUCAUUUUCAUAAAGUGUGCUUCCAAUAAUUUAUUUACUAUAAUUGUUUUAAACAGGGUGAAUUAAACCUUUAAAAUAUGCAUAAUGCAUAUUAGUGUUGUGUGAAUUAAGUGUAAUUUAUGGGUCAAGAGUAAAUUAACUCUAUAGUCUGUACCAAAAAAGAGCACACUGGGCGCGGAUAAAAAUCGGUCCAAACUCGCGCAUGCAGCUGACUAACGGAGACCAAUUAUAGAGCUAAUAGACUGCCAGCAACUGACGUUGUUCCGCGAUUCAUUUGGAUGCGCCAACGUGGUGUACUCUUAUUUGGUACAGACUAUAGGCAAUAUUUUAAAUAGAAAAAAAACAUUAUACCCUUAUACCUUACUUGUAAAAAAUAUAUAAGUGAAUAAAAAUAAAAUGUUUGUAUUUAAAAAA